AACAGAACAACGACUUUCAGGUAUUCGAAAAGGUUGUUGGAUGCAUCAGUCCCUCGAUAACAUCUUCUCCUGGUAUAAGUUUCAAAGCCAGCAGAAGUUGUCAUUACUUUUCCUUGUGCUACCCACGGUGAAUGUAGCUGUAGCUUUACAGCAAUGCUGACCAAGUCGUCACGCCAGCUUUACUUACAAAGCAUUUUACUUGUUUCAUCAUUCAUUGACAUUUUUAACGUGUUAAGUUUCCAUCGGUCGAGCGUUUAUUGCAAGAGGACAAUCUCCGAAAAAGGUUACAAUGUUUCUAAUUGGUGGAGUUCUUUACCUACUGCUGAGAAACAGGUUCAGCGAUUGAGCAACCAGCGAGAGGAAGCGAUGGAAAUGUUCGGUCCCGGUCCGGGCGUUGAUUUGAAUGUAACACUUUUACCAAUAGUUGAAUUCCAUCAAAGUAACCAAGCAUGCUAUGCCGAUCUUGGAUGUAUCACUCGCUUCUCGUUUGCCGAUCCGUUGUUAUGGCCGAUUAAUUUGUUGCCCGAGUCGAGAACAAAGAUAAACACGCAUUUCACGCUCUACACGAGAGAAAAUUCUAAUCCGCAGCCUCUAGUUCACAUAUCUGCUGAUGACCCAAACGGGAUCGCUGCAACGACAUUCAAAGCGACCCGCCCCACCAAAUUCUUCAUCCACGGCUGGCGCAAUACUGGCUAUGAAGAACUCUUCUUUAUAUUCGUGCAAAGGUUCCUGGUUAAAGGUGAUUACAACAUAAUCAGGGCUCAUUGGGGUGGAGGGUCGCGGUCCAUCUAUUUCCAAUCCCAUGCCAACACUCGCCUUGUUGGUUUGGAAAUUGCUCUCCUCGUUAAUACGAUGGUGGAGAAACUUGGUGUACAGGCGACGGAUGUUCAUCUGAUUGGACAUAGCCUCGGAGCCCAUACUGCAGGCUACGCUGGGGAAAACAUUCGUAACCUCGGACAAAUUACAGGUUUGGAUCCUGCCGGACCGUACUUCCACGGGCUGCCGUCAUUUGCUCGUUUAGAUCACACAGACGCUAAUUUUGUUGAUGUCGUCCAUACUAACGCUGGAUCUUUGGGUUUCGGGAUUGUAGAAUCUUCGGGUCACUUGGAUUUCCGUCCCAACGGUGGCAAACAUCAACCCGGCUGUCAACCUACCGAUUUGCAGGCCAUUUGGAACGACCCCACUGCCAUCGUGUCAGAUGCCUCCACUUGCGAUCACAUGAGGUCUGUCCGUUUCUACAGUGAAUCGUUAAUACCGACAGACUGCUCGACUGUUGGAUACGAAUGCUCGAAUUAUGAGUCUUUCAACAACGGUCUUUGUACGUCAUGCGGAUUGGAUAAUAACAAAUGCGCUCCGUUCGGUUUGGAAGCGACGAGUUUCCCGACUCGUAGCAGGAAAAAUGUAAAUAUUUAUUUCAAAACUGGAGGCGAUUUUCCUUAUUGCAGAUAUCAAUACCUUAUCAAAUUAAGCUUGGGGAAAACCAGGAAUGCGAAACCGACAAUCAGCGGAGAACUUCGAUUGUCUGUUAAUGGACACACAGGCAUCCUGCCAAACAUUCAAAUGCCGAAAUCCGAUUACGAGCACGGGAAAGAUUACCGAUUCCUUGCCGCUGAGCCAACCAACGUGGGUCCCGUCAACACAGUCAAUCUCCGUUGGUUUCCUGUGUUGACGAAUCUGUUCGAUCCGACUUGUUUUCUGGGGUUCUGCGACCAAAGGAUGUACGUCAAAAGCGUCACCAUAUCAUUGCUCAACAGCUACCCCGAUGCAAACAAAAUCGCCAACACUUUUGAAAAUUGUCCCGUAUUUGGACCUGCCGCCAUCGGUCCUUUGUUCAACACGGAGCUAAGCGUUAGCAAUAACUGCUCGUUAACGUUUCCAUCGCUGGUCUCAAUCUUGAUUCCGGGACCUUGGAUUGUAUACAAAAAGUAGAAUUGGAAAAAUUAUAUAGCCUACAUGGAAACAUUGCAAAUAAAUGCCAAACAAUAAAACGGUGAUCAAAUAUACUAUAAUAUAAUAAUA